AUGGUCUGGCAGAGCGGCGCGGCUCGCUUCUACAGCGGGCGCGACUUCCACCGGCGACGAGGGGCGCGUGGCGUUUGUCGCGGGCCGCAAUAUGUCCCCCUGCGGCCGUUGGGUGGCGUCACCACCAGCCUGCGCGCCAUGAGCGGCGUCCACCUCCGUCUGGUGUACGUCGAAUCGAAGGACGCGGAGGACCGACGCCAGGGCCGGUCGACUUUACACCGCCUGUUCAUCACGCACCGCAACGGCACGGUCACCGGCGGCCUGAUCGGCUCCAUCAUCCUGCUCCUGCAGAACAUGCUGGGCUUUAGCUACUCCCUGCGCGGGCUGUCCCGGACCGGCAACCGGUCCGUCUGGGACAGGCUGGUUGACGAACUGCACGCCGGCCAGGCGGACAUGAUGGCCGGCACGCUGAUUUACAGCCCGGCGCGCGGCCGGCUGGUCGACUUCUCCUAUCCGUUCGCGACGGACCUCUCCGGCGUCGUGAUUGGCGUGCGUCACACGCAGACGCUGAGCGAGUUCCGCGCCACGCAGCCUCUGCAAGGCCGUGCUUGGUAUGCCCUGCUGGCCGUGCUGGCCGCCGCCGUGCUCGUGCUCUGCUUGAUCGCCCGCUGUCGAGUGCGCUUGCGCGAGACGCGCUGGGCCCGGGAGGCCGAAUCGUCGCCCGAGGAGGAUGCCUCGUUCUGGGCGCUGAUCGUGCUGGGCAUCUGCUGCCAGCAGGGCGCCGUAGUGCGCGCGGACGGUGCGCUCUCUUACCGGCUGGCUGUCAGUGCCGUGUACCUGCUGUCUUUCUUCAUCUUCGCCUGCUACUCGGGGACGCUGCUCGCUCAAAUGGCCAUCACUCGCCGCCAGAUGCCGUUCGCCAGUUUGGAUGAGGCGUUCGCGAGGGGCUGGAAGCUUAACGUCGAGGGCGUCAGCCUGGCGGCGCGUGAGAUGAUAGUACAACCUUUGCUGGCCGGCCAGGACCUACGCCACCUGCCCACGACUCGCGACCGCUCGCUGCAGGGCAAGAACCUGCGACCGUAUACCAGUGGAAGGGUGGGCCACUACUUUAACUGCUCGGAGCGCGGGCAGGCCAGCGAGUGUCCCGCCUGCAUUUGGCCGGGGAUGGUGUUCCGACACCCCGUCUCGCUGGUGUUUCGGCCUAACUUCCCCUACCUGCGGCUGAUCAACUACGUCAUGCCCCAGCUGCUCGACAGGGGCAUCAUGAGCCGCGAGCUGCGGAAGUGGCGCCCGAUACACCCGGCUGAGCGACUCUGUCCCACGGAUACGGUGUCGGUGGAGAAGACGCGGCUGGACCUGGAGACACUGCAGCACUUGUUCACCAUAGCGGGCGCGGGCAUGCUCUGCUCGGUCGCUGUUCUCUUACUCGAGAGCGUCGCAUCGCAGAUCUGGCUCUUCUACAGCACCAGACUGGGAUAG